GUGGUCAUCAGCGCGGGAUUGAUGGACAGGACUGUGACUGUUCGAUUACCAGGCCAGGUGUGGAACAACCAUAUCAAGAAGUGGUUUCGCAAAGACACGAAACAUCUUGUUCACGAUCCAAAUAAUUCUCUUGUCACUGGCGAUGUGAUUGAGCUGCAUGCAGAGCAACAUACUAAGCAUGUUGCUUACGUGGUUGGGGCAAUCGUUUCACCAUUUGGCAAGCCCAUCGAAGAACGACCACCGGUCCCAACAGCAGAUGACAGACUGGCUGCCUAUAAAGAGAAACGAUUUGCAAAAUACAAGCGAAGG